CUCUGAAGGAACUUGACUUAGAACACGAUAGUCUUUACGUGAUAAUGUGCUACUUUCUUGACCUCGAUGAGGGGAAACCUGUACCCUUCCUACCUUCGAUGAAGAUAAAUGUGGAUAUCCGGAGGAGGAGGAUGAAUGAAGCAAAGGGAAAACAAGCGCAGGAGCGACGAUGGCAAAGACUUCACGAGUGACCUUUGAGGACGAGAUAGAAGAACCGCCAGAGAGUUCAGGAAUGAGAGUUUCCUCCAUUAAGUUUGUAGAUACAAUGAGUGAUGGCGAAACCUAUAUAUGCGCCCAAGGCGUCGGCGGGUCAGGCAGUGGGAAGAAAGAAGACCAGGAUCAACCAAUGAUAGAUGAGCAAGUGGAGUCGCCGAAGUCUCCUCAGUCCCCUAGGAAGAGAGCGGCCAAGAAAUUCCAGCUCAGAAACUCGUUGGACGAGGUUGAUUUGAGGGAGCCGUUGAGGAGGGCAAUGGAUAUGCCCAUUCCUAUUACGCUCAAGGAAUUCAUAGCCGACUGUGGACCGGUGAGGGAUGAACUGAUCGUGAUGAUGAAGAAAGCUAAGGUGCCGUUGACCGAGACGGCAACUUCUGGAGAACCUAAAGCAGAGACGAAAACCUCUGUCUUGGUGGCGGAGAAGGGAGAGCAAGAGCAGACAAAAGUUGUAGGAGGCAAGGGCGACUACUUUUACGUCCUUGGUAGUGGAAAGUUCAACGCCACUGUAAAUGGGGUAAGGAUGGAGGCUAUAGUGGAUGACGGAUCCGAGUCUACCGUCUGCGAGGAUAAGGUAUCAAGGAAACUUGGCCUCGACGUAGACAGAAGCGUAGCUAUGACCAUGGUGUCCGCUAACAAGCUAAAGCAGCCCGUGCUUGGGGUGUGUCAUAAGGCCAAGGUCGAGGUUGCUGGAGUUGAAGCCACCGUGCCGGUCUUCACGGUGGAACAUUGAUCUUCAGAGCUAAUCCUUGGGAGAACGUGGCUGACCCGUGUCAACGCCACCACCG